GUGUUCAUUUCUGGCAAGACAAGACUGAGGAAUCUGUGUGCACCUGUAUUCUCGAUUGAUCCCAGGUGUAAGUUACAUGGAGGUUUUAAACGCUGGAGCCUUAUUCUUUGGAAUAUCUUUUUAAUUACUUGACAAUGUUAUUUAUUUCCUCCAGACUGUCAAUUAUGAGCUGCAGACGCUCAGGCUCCAGGGGGAGUCCCCCAUUAAGAGAGGAAUCUCAAAGAAGGAAGACUCCCAGAACUGAUUGUAUUGCAUGCGGAGAAGCAGCAAUUCUAGGCAAAAGGCUCUGUGAGAAGUGUCUGCAGGAAGUGGCUGGGCCCUCCUCUGAUCAACUGCACUCUAUUAAAGACUGGAUGCAGACUACCAUAAAAAAAUCUAUGAGUGAUAUGGUCAAUGUAGUUACUGAGAAAGUACUACACAAUCUAGAUGAAAGACACAAGGCGCCCUCCUCUAUGACUGAGGUCAGUGACAGACCUCACAGGAACACGCACUACUCCAGUGUUUCUGAAGGGGAGCUAUCUUUAACCGAUCAAGAAGAAGAAGAACAGUCUGAAGAUAACUGUUCUUUCAACCUUGAAUACCUAGAGCCACUCAUCAAAGCAAUGAGAUUUUCUCUGGAACUUGACAAUACUGAGGAUACUCCUAAACAUGACAAAAUGUUCAGAUCAGCGGUCAAAAAAGGAGAAAAAUUCCCGGUACACAGAGUCAUUAAAGAAACCAUUUUAGAGGAAUGGAAGACGCCAGAUAAAAAACUUAAUUUCUCCAGAAGACUUAAAAAGAUGUAUCCAUUCGAAGAAGAGGACUCAAAACUCUGGCAAGCCUCCCCUAAGGUGGAUGCGGCCAUCACUAGAGUGGCUCGACAUACUACCUUGCCUGUGGACGAAGGAGUCUCGCUAAAAGAUGCGAUGGAAAGAAGACAAGACAUGACACUCAAAAAAUCGUAUCUAACAUGUGGAAUGUCCAACCAAGCCUCCAUAGCCAUUACCACUCUGGCCAGAGCCAACCACAUUUGGAUAGAAGAACUGGAACAAGCUGUCAAAGCGGGAACAGACAGAAAAAAGCUUAUUGAAAUGAUCCAAGAUGUCAAAACCGCAAACGAAUUCACUACGGAAGCAUCCAUGGAUCUUGUCAGACUCUCGGCCAAAGCUAUGGGCCUUAGUGUGGCGGCCCGUAGAGCUCUCUGGCUGCGCCACUGGCAUGCUGACCCGCAAAGUAAACAUAACCUUUGCUCCCUCCCAUUUGAAGGGUCACUUCUGUUUGGUGAAAGACUCGACAAAAUCAUAUCCAAAGCCUCUGCAGGAAAAUCGGCUUUUCUUCCUCAGGACAAAAGAGACAAGAGGCCCUUUAGAAAAAAUCCCCUGCAGGAGGCCAAACAGUAUAGACCGGGAAAGCCCUUUACUAGGCAACCCUGGAGAAGAACCCAGGGACAAGGGGCACCUGGAAGAAGGGACUUCAAACAGGACAAAAAAUCGGCAUGAGGGUGCGCGAGCCCCUCUGUCUUGCCUUGGAGGAAGACUUCAGAAUUUCAGGACAGUGUGGGCUCAACACGUAUCAGAUCAAUGGGUUGUAAAAACCCUAAGCAAUGGUUAUGCCCUGGAUCUUCAAAAAUUUCCGACGUUUUACUUUGUGUCUUCAGAAAAGCCUCGAUCCCCACUAGCUGUUUCUACCCUAAAGAUGAUCCUUGGGGACCUACUAGACAGAAAGAUCAUCACAGAAGUCCCCAAAAGAGAACAUUACAGAGGUAUAUAUUCUCACCUAUUCUUAAGAAGAAAAAAGAAUGGGGAUUUCAGAGUAAUUCUGAACUUAGGCCAUCUGAACAAAUUCCUCAGAACAAAAAAAUUCAAAAUGGAGACACUGAGGUCUAUAUGCCAGUUCAUAAACCAUGGAGACUGGAUGCUCAAGAUAGAUAUACAAGAUGCCUAUCUGCAUGUUCCAGUGUGGGAACCACACAAACAAUUCCUACGGUUCCUGAUCCUGGGAAAGCACUUUCAAUACCAAGCGCUCCCAUUCGGACUAGCUUCAGCCCCAAGAGUUUUCACCAAGGUGCUUGCUCCCAUGAUGGCUUUCUUAAGGCUAAAGGGGAUCCAGAUUUUCGCAUAUCUAGACGAUAUAUUGGUGAAAGCUCCUUCCAAAAAACUCCUCCUACAACACCUGAGUAUAGUUCUAGAUACUCUGAAAAAAUGGGGGUGGCUCGUCAACUGGGAAAAGUCCAUGUUGGAGCCAACACAACAGAUUCAAUUUCUGGGAGUUAUCAUAGACUCCAAAAAACUUCAAGUAAGUCUAACAGAGGAAAGGAUUUCAGACAUACAACACCAAGCAGAUUAUCUGUCUCGCCAUC